AUAUAUGGGCCUAAACUUUACCAUCCUCAUUUCGACUGAAGAAGACCAGGGCAGAAAUAAUCGCACGAUUUCAGAAGCUCCCUUUUCGUCUCUGGCCUCCAAUUCGACGAUUCUCCGUUCUUCCAUAUCCAAUCCAGUCCAGAAGGGAAAUCUCAUGUAUGGCAAUAUGGCGUGGAGAUGGCGUACAAAUGGCACUGCCACGUGUAUGCUAGCUACCAGGGCUUAUCUUUGUGGUGAGGUAGCCUUCAAACGCCAAUGGCGGAAUAUGUCAACCGCCAUUGAUAACUCUUUUCAGAACUACCCACAAGGAGGGUAUCCAAGUUAUCAAAAUCCGAACCAGAGUAACCAUCAACAAUAUGGAGGUGGACAUGGGUGGAAUAAUCAAAUCCGGAAUGACAUGCCCCCGGAGAGUGGUACAGCUGGUGCUCAGGACAGAUGGAGGCAGAAUGUCCAGCCUGUUGGUGGUGAUCGUGCUACAUAUAAUAAUACGUCCCCUGGUGGUAUCCAUAACCACUAUGGAGGUGGGCAGGGGCAGAAUAUUCAGAUCCAAACUGGCAUGCCCCUGGAGAGUGGUACCUUUGUAGCUCAGGAACAAUGGAGUCCUCAGCAAUCUCAGAAUGUCCAACCUGUUGGUGGUGAUCAUGCUGCAUAUAAGAAUGCAUCACCCCCUGGUGUCAUCAGUCAAUCCUACAGAGGUGGACAAGGGAUGAACAACCAGAAAUGGAAGGACAUGCUCCCGCAGAGUGGUACAGCUGUAUCUCAGGAACGAUGGAGGCCAAAUGUCCAGCCUCUUGGUGGUGAUCGUGCUGCAUAUAAUAAUGCAUCUUCUGGUGGUAUUCAUCAUCAAUACGGAGGAGGACAUGGGCGGAAUAACCAGAUCCGAAAUGACAUGCCCCCUGAGAGUGGGACCUUUGCACCUCAGGAACGAGUGAGUCCUCAGCAAUCUCAAAAUGCCCAACCUGUUAGUGGCAAUUCUACUACACAUAAUAAUACUUCAUCCUCUGGUGAUACUUUAUCUACUGCUGCCUUUAUGUCAUUGUGCCAAGAAGGUGGUCGUAAGGUGAAGGAUGCCAUUGAAUUGAUGGAAAAGGGUGUUGUUGCGGACACACAUUGUUUUGCUUUACUUUUCGAGGCGUGUGGAAAGGCAGGAAAACUUGAGGAUGCAAAAUCAGUUCAUGACCACUUUUUGAGAUCAAAAUGCAGGAGUGAUCUUCUCUUAAACAAUAAGGUCAUUGACAUGUAUUCAAAGUGUUGGAGCAUGGUGGAUGCACGGAGGGUGUUUGAUCACAUGCCUGAUAGGAAUAUAGACACUUGGCACCUGAUGAUCAACGGGUACGCAUGGAACGGGUUGGGUGAUGACGGGCUGUCAUUGUAUGAGCAGAUGAGGACACAUGGGAUUCAGCCCAAUGACCAGACUUUCCUUGCUGUUUUCGAGGCUUGUGCCAGUGCCGAUGCAAUAGAUGAGGCAUUCCUACACUUUGAGUCCAUGAAGAUCGAACAUGGAAUCUCGCCCACAAUCGAUCACUAUCUGGGGCUGUUGGGUGUUUUUGCAAAAUGUGGUCACCUCGCAGAGGCUGAGGACUUUAUCCAGAAACUCCCUUUCGAGCCCACUGGUGCUGUUUGGGAGGCAUUGAUGAAUUAUGCUCGGAUACAUGGAGACAUUGACCUUGAAGACCGUGCCGAGCAGCUAUGGAGGGAUGCAACCGGUCAGCCUCUUGAGGGUGGUAAGAUCCUCCCGCCGCCUCCAAAGAAACAACUGGUCAACAUGCUUGAGGGGAAAAGUAGGGUGGUCGAAUUUCGCAGUCCCACUCUGUACAAAGAUGAGGAGAAAAUGCGGGCUGCAAUGAAAGAGCAGGUGUAUGUGCCAGACACCAGAUACGUCCUUCACGAUAUAGAUCAAGAGGCAAAGGAACAGGCAUUGCUUUAUCACAGUGAGCGUUUGGCCAUUGCAUAUGGUCUGAUCAGUACCCCUGCUAGGAUGCCUUUGCGUAUCAUCAAGAACUUGCGCGUCUGCGGCGACUGUCAUAAUGCCAUCAAGAUCAUGUCCAGAAUUGUUGGAAGGGAGCUGAUUGUUCGGGACAACAAGCGCUUUCAUCACUUCAAGGAUGGGAAAUGCUCUUGCGGGGACUAUUGGUAAAAAAAGUUCAUUAUCAUUCACGACACCGAGCAGCAGAACUGGCAGUUUUGGUAUAUUUUUCACUUGAAAGGGUAAAAAAGACAUCUUGAAGGCGGCUCGUUGGCAGGACAGGAAUCUUUGUUGUGUUGAAAGAAGCAAGCAGCAUAUGACAAACAAUGACCAAGCCAGGUGUUUGUUAGAAACAUGAGGGGAGUAUUUAUCGUCUUUUAGAACUGUUGGAUUUCUUGUUUUAUUGCACAGCAUGUUAUGUUUUAGUGUUUUUUUUGGAAUAGUGCAAGAAAACAUUAUUUUAAAAUUCAAGCAAGUUGGUUGCUGGUGCCUAAAUAAGUACAAGUAUGAUGUGCUUUUGACAACCCCAUUUGGCUUCAUCUUUUACUAGAUUUAUGUUGGGGAAAGUGUUAUUUGGAAGUUAAAAGACAAGCUCCGAAAUGGUUAAUUUA